AUGGUUUUAGUUAGGGUAAAUGAGGCCAGUAUUUGCACCUCCCUUUGGCUUCUCCAUGGAUCUGCAUUUGCUAUUUAUUAUUGGACGGAUUGCUGCCUACACGAAGAGUUCUGUAGAACAGUGGAAGCACAUUCCUUUGGAGACUACUUUGGAGUGUGGGUGACUACGUUGCAUAUCCAAGGCAAUCUGAUAGUUUGUGUAAGAAAUGGGCUGCAGAAAUACAGCAGAGAGCUUGAAAUACGGAGCGUGCGCAGGUAA